UUUUUGCGAGAAUUUCCAUAUAAAGUGUUUGGUAUUGGGAUUGAGAUUGAGACUGAGACAGUGAUUGACAAGUACUCGUACGAUCGACAGAUCGGAUCGAUGUUCGCGUAGUGCGGUGUGUCCGACAUAUGAUGAGCCUGACUGUGCUCUCGCUGCCGCAACGUUUCAAACGCCUCCUGCAAGCCAUGACACUCGCCGUUGCCGUCGUCUAUAUGACGCUGAUGCUCUACCAGAGCGCCUACGGAUAUCCGGGCAUCCAAGUGCCGCACAGCCAGGUGGAUGCCAGUGCCAAUACGAAUGCCAAUACGAAUGCCAAUGCCAAUGCCAAUGAACCUGUUGUGACCACACAUCGCGACCAGCUGCUGCAGGACUAUGCCCUGCACUCGUCCAGCUCGACGCCCACCCAGCCGGCGGCUGCAGCUGCCGCCGCCGCCUCCCCCACCACCGUGAUCAUCCGCAAGGACAUCCGAAGCUUCAACUUCAGCGACAUCGAGGUCAGCGAGCGGCCAACGGCCACGCUGCUCACAGAGCUGGCGCGCCGCAGCCGAAACGGGGAGCUGCUCCACGACCUCUCGCAGCGAGCGGUGACAGCGACGCCGCAGCCGCCCAUCACCGAACUGGAUGACAUUUUCAUCAGUGUGAAGACAACGAAGAACUAUCACGAUACCCGACUGGCGCUGAUCAUCAAGACCUGGUUCCAAUUGGCCCGCGAUCAGACCUGGUUCUUUACGGACACGGAUGAUCACUACUACCAGGAGAGGACAAAGGGCCACCUCAUCAACACCAAGUGCUCCCAGGGCCAUUUUCGCAAGGCGCUCUGCUGCAAGAUGUCCGCCGAAUUGGAUGUCUUCCUGGAGAGCGGCAAGAAGUGGUUCUGUCACUUUGACGAUGACAACUAUGUCAAUGUGCCGAGACUGGUGAAACUGCUCGACGAGUACAGCCCCAGUGUGGACUGGUAUCUGGGCAAGCCGAGCAUCUCCUCGCCGCUGGAGAUCCACUUGGACAGCAAGAACACGACAACCAACAAGAAGAUAACCUUCUGGUUCGCCACUGGCGGCGCUGGCUUCUGUCUGAGCCGGGCCCUGACGCUCAAGAUGCGCCCCAUAGCAGGUGGCGGCAAGUUCACCAGCAUCGGCGACAAGAUACGCUUUCCGGAUGAUGUCACAAUGGGUUUCAUUAUAGAGCAUCUUCUGAAGGUGCCCUUGACGGUGGUGGACAACUUCCAUUCGCACUUGGAGCCCAUGGAGUUCAUACGCUCCGAUACGUUCCACGAUCAGGUGUCCUUCAGCUACGCCCACAUGAAGAACCAGUGGAACGUGAUCAAGGUGGAUGGCUUCGAUCUGAAGACGGAUCCCAAGCGCUUCUUCUCCCUGCACUGCCAGCUAUUCCCCUACUUCAGCUUCUGUCCGCCCAGAUGAGUGUCCGCCGGAGUUCCCAAUGGGUCCGACGGAUCCUCCAUUUGGCUGUUUGCAGGCACACGCCCGCCCCCCCCUAAUUCGGUUCAGAACCGAUCUGGCAGGCGUCGAAAAACCAAUCUCGCCACUGUGAUCUAACAUUUAAGGUGUAAACUGUAAAGUACUAUACGAAUAACGAAUGAUAAAUGAUGAAUAAUGAAUAAUGAACGAUGAACGAUGGUUCUGUACAUAUAUAUAUAAUUUUUUUUUUUUAAAUGAAAGUUGUGCUUCCUAAAGGUAUAAGGUUUACUGUAUGUACAAUCUGUGGAUCGACAUUCGCAGAUCUUGCAAUUCCAACACACUUCCAAGUGCUUCCCUAUAGCCUGUAGUAAAACGGAUUCUUCCAAUCAGCUUAGCCGUUAGUUAAAUUAAUCGUCUAGUCUACGUUUAGGUUUUUUUUUUUUUAUUUUUGCGCUUCCAAACAGAGCACGACUAUAGGCUCUAUAACACUUGCCCUCUGCUGUCGUAGUCCGUGGCAGUUGUGUAAUACUGUAAUGCAGUCUAAUAAUCGCCUAAACUAGCUAUACUCAUAGGUAUAUGUAUGUGUGUAAAUAGUGGAUCUAUUGGCCCCAAGAUUUGUGUAAAGAAAUUUUUUUUUUGGUUAAA